AUGGCAGGGAAGGAUGGAGUUACUCUGAAAUCUGUGUCAUAUGGGGCAAGAUUGCGCAGGAGUUGUGAUGCGUCACUGAGAGAGGGAGGGUCCAUGAGAGAUCCAUUCUCGAAACACAGAGUAAAGAAGUUUGAUCUAUCUAGCCUAGAUUGGAUUGAUGAGAUUCCAGAUUGCCCUGUAUUUUCUCCAUCAACCCAGGAGUUUGAGGAUCCUAUGGUUUAUCUCAGCAAAAUUGCCCCUGUGGCUACAAAAUAUGGUAUAUGCAAGAUCAUUUCACCGAUCUCUGCUUCGGUACCUGCGGGCACUGUAUUAAUGAAGGAAUUAGGUGGGCUUAAGUUUACGACCAGAGUUCAGCCUCUCCGUCUUGCUGAAUGGUCCAAGGAUGACAAGUUUGCCUUCUUCAUGAGUGGAAGAAAGUACACAUUUCGGGAGUUUGAGAAGAUGGCAAAUAAAGAAUUUGUACGAAGAUACUCCAGUGCUGCUUGUCUUCCAUCAAGGUAUAUGGAAGAGGAGUUUUGGCAUGAAAUAGCUUUUGGCAAGAUGGAGUCUGUUGAGUAUGCAUGUGAUAUCGAUGGUAGUGCAUUUUCUUCUUCUUCUAAUGACCAGCUUGGGAGAAGCAAAUGGAACUUGAAGAGAUUCUCACGGAUGCCGAACUCUACACUACGUCUUCUCAGAGCUGCAGUUCCAGGAAUAACAGAUCCAAUGCUGUAUAUUGGGAUGCUCUUUAGUAUGUUUGCCUGGCAUGUGGAAGAUCAUUACCUGUACAGUAUUAACUAUCACCACUGUGGAGCCUCAAAAACAUGGUACGGUAUUCCAGGAAGUGCUGCUUCUGAUUUUGAGAAAGUGGUACGUGAGCAUGUAUAUGAUCACGAAAUUUUAUCAGGUGAAGGGGAAAGUGCAGCAUUUGAUGUUCUUUUGGGGAAGACUACAAUCUUCCCACCUAAUAUUUUGCUGGAUCAUCAUGUUCCAGUCUAUAGAGCCGUACAGAAACCUGGAGAGUUUGUUGUAACAUUUCCCCGAGCUUAUCAUUCUGGUUUCAGCCAUGGUUUCAAUUGUGGUGAGGCAGUAAAUUUUGCUACAAGCGAAUGGUUUCCUCUAGGAGCAGUUGCUAGUCAACGUUAUGCACUUCUGAAGAGGAUACCAGUAUUACCUUAUGAGGAGCUUCUUUGUAAAGAAACAACAUUUUUUACUAAUGAGUUUUCCAUCUCUGAUCACGGAGAUGUAGCAUUAACUGGAGACACACAUAUACAGAGCUAUAUGAAGGCCCCCUUUGUGCAGUUGAUGCGGUUCCAACACCGUGUUCGUUGGUCACUUGCAAAAUGGGUGCUCAUACACGCUAUAAAGCAGACAUUGACGCCACAGUUCUCUGUGGGAUAUGCAAACAUAUUUGCUUCAUUUGUGAUUAUCUUAUUUACUUAUUUACCUUGUUUUGAAGAGGAAGAGAUUAGGAAGUGCUCUUGCAACUGUGAUCGUGUUGUUUUUGUGAGGAAAGACAUCUUUGAACUGGAGGAACUAUCAAAGAAGUUUGAGGAAAUUGGGAUAUUGGAUGAAGUAGGAAAACAAAUGUCUCAAAGUGAUGGCUCUAGCACGCAUCCUUAUUUGUCCAAUGGCAUUGACCACAAUGCUAAAUACUUCCCAUAUUGCAAGAUCCUAAUUGAUACAUCCCCUGAACUUCAUACCUUGUCAGAGGUAGAUGUUCUUGGAUAUGAUCUGAAUAAGCCAUAUCCUACAUUAUCAACAAUAACUUCUGCACAUGGACCCCAGGAGUAUUCUACACAAAGUGAUGAGUGUACUAGUUCUAACCGAAGAACAUUCUCUAGCUCAUGUCCAGAGAAUGGAAUGAUUAAUGUUUAUCCUUUAUGCACUGAUCAAGCAUUGGCUGCUCAGGAUACUGAUGAUUCUGACUGUGAGGUAUUUAGAGUCAAGAGACGAUCUGGCAUAAUUCCAGAGAAAAGAUGUUCAGAAGAUGUAACAGUAAAUUUAACUGAGAAUCAGCUCUUUUGUGAACCCAAAUCCAUAACUUUACACCCCUUCCUGACAAGCAGCUCACCUCUGAGCUGUAGGACCUAUCUAACUCAACUUAUUGUUCUUCAACAUCCUUUUUUUUAUCUCAACUUUUUAUUCUUCUUGGACUCUUUGCUACCUGCUAGUAUUGAAUUCCUGCACCUCUAUGAUCGUGCUGCAGAACGCAAAUACGUUGUUGCUAAACUUGCUGUGAAGGGUCCUCGUCCACACGACCACAAUAGUAAUAAUCAUGAGUAG